CGCACAACUUCCUGCAAGUGAGGCAACACCGAGCCCUGCUUCUCCUUUCCCGCAGCGACAGCAGCAGGAGGAAUCGGUGGGGUGCCCCGGGCCCCUCCGGCCUCCCCUGCCAGAACCCCGGGCCGGCCGGGCAGCCGCGCUGCAGCAGGGAUGCCCUGGAUGGUCCUACUGCUGGCAGUCGGCUCCGGGGCCAUCCCCGCGCCGUCCAUCCUGCUGGUGGCCCCCCACCCGAGCAGCCAGGAAGACCCUGUCCACAUCGCGUGCGUGGCCCCCUGGGGCUUCCCGGGGGCCAACUUCACCCUGUACCAAGGCGGGCAGGUGGUGCAGGUCCUGCAGGCCCCGGCCGGCCAGCUCGGCGUCACCUUCAACCUGAGCGGCGCCGCGGGAGGAGCCACCUUCCACUGCCGGUACGGGGUGCUGGGCGAGCACGGCCGGCCGCAGCUGUCGGACCUCAGCGCGCCCGUGCGCCUCGCCUCGCCAGUGAAAAUGCGCAAGUUACAGAAGAAGAGGGAGCGCGAUUCCUGCUGGGCCCAGAUCAGCUUCACUUCCUCAGACAUGGCCUUCGAUAACUCCCUGUUCGCCAUCUCUAUGAAAGUGAGCUCGGACGACGACCCCGGAGCCCUGGGCGGACCCCGCAAGCGGCCCACCUCCACCUCUUCCUCGCCGGAGCCCCCCGAGUUCAGCACCUUCCGGACCUGCCCCUGAGCCGCGGCCCGGGGACCCCCGUGCGACCCGGGCGUGGGGGCGGUGGGGAGUGGGGGGCGGUGGGGAGUGGGGGUGCGGCCCCGGGGAUCGCAUCACUACUGGAGGACCAGCGGGGGGACCCCGACCCCUCUGGGGAGACCCCGGCCCCUCUGUGGGUCCCGGGCCCUCUGGGGAGACCCCGGCCCCUCUGGGGAGACCCUGGCCCCUCUGGGGGAGACCCCGCCCCUCUGGGGAGACCCUGGCCCCUCUGGGGAGACCCCGGCCCCUCUGGGGAGACCCCGGCCCCUCUGGGGGAGACCCUGGCCCCUCUGUGGGGGUCCUGGCCCCUCUGUGGGGGUCCCCGGCCCCUCUGGGGGAGACCCCGGCCCCUCUGGGGGAGACCCCGGCCCCUCUGUGGAGACCCCGCCCCUCUGGGGGAGACCCCGGCCCCUCUGUGGAGACCCCGACCCCUCUGUGGAGACCCUGGCCCCUCUGUGGGGGUCCCCGGCCCCUCUGGGGAGACCCCGCCCCUCUGGGGGAGACCCCGGCCCCUCUGGGGAGACCCCGCCCCUCUGGGGGAGACCCCGGCCCCUCUGGGGAGACCCCGGCCCCUCUGUGGGUCCCAGGCCCUCUGGGGAGACCCCGACCCCUCUGGGGAGACCCUGGCCCCUCUGGGGAGACCCCGGCCCCUCUGGGGAGACCCCGGCCCCUCUGGGGGAGACCCUGGCCCCUCUGUGGAGGUCCUGGCCCCUCUGUGGGGGUCCCAGGCCCCUCUGGGGGAGACCCCGCCCCUCUGGGGGAGACCCCGCCCCUCUGGGGGAGACCCCGGCCCCCAUUUUGGAAAACCUGGUUUCAGCUGUGUCCGGGUGCCAGCGGAUGCAAGCCCUCUCUCUGUCUCCCUCCCUCUGUGUACUUGAAGUUUGAAAUA